AUGACAGGUUGCUUUGAAGAAAGUGCAAUGAUCGAAGAAUAUGUUGAUGAAUUACUCAAUACAUUUCGAACUCCAUUUUGGCUCGAUGAAUGUGGCUGAUUAAAAUAUACUCAUGUUAAUCCCGUAUUUUAUCGAGCUUGGAAUAUUAAAACAAUUGAGUUAACAAAAAAUAUUGAACAAGAACGUAAAUAUGAUGAUCAAAUAUUAGCAAUAAAUUUUUUUUUUCGUAUUAGUUUUUCUCCUAAUAUAAAUAAUAAUAAAGAUAAUGAUUCUUGUUCAUCUUAUGCGUUGAAAGAAAAUGAUACUUUGUCUUCAACAAGCCAAAAAUCAUUCUGCAGAGGAUCAAAUAUGUUACUAUGGAAUUAA